CUUAUCUGUAGCUACCAAAGCCUGCAAGUUAAGGUGACAAGUAAAAUGCUGAUGUGGUAGAAGUCCUGAUUUGCCAGUAUGUGGACCGGCCGAGGAUUUGCCACUUCUCUGAGAGAGGCAGAAGUCCUGAAAGUGACGUAUAAAACUUCCUGAGACACAAAUUUGCAAGAUCACAGAACGAAAAUGGAUGAUCAUAUAGAGACCAAUGUGAAAAUACCUUUUGGAAGCAAAUACCUAGAUGCUGUUUUCUCCAUUCCUGACAAGAUACUACCAUAUGCUGUGAUUCUCACCCAUGGAGCAUCUGGCAAUAUGAAUUUCUCGCACCUCAUAUCUUUGGCAAACUACCUUGUGUCUCAUGGCUGUCUCUGCCUGCGAUUUACCUGCAGAAGCCUUAACAUUUUCCAUAGAGCAAAAGCAUAUAAAGCAGUUGUGGAAUAUUUAAGAUCAUCGAGUGAUUACAAACUUGAUGGUGUUUUUCUUGGAGGUCGUUCAAUGGGUUCACGUGCUGCAGCUUCUGUUACACGUCAAGCUGACCAAGAUAAUGAUAGCUUUGUUCAAGGCCUGAUAUGUUUGUCCUACCCACUGCAUCGACCAAAGCUUCAGACUAAGCUUCGGGAUGAAGAUUUAUUGUUUAUUAAGUCCCCUGUGCUAUUUGUGUCUGGAACUGAAGAUGAGAUGUGUGAUAAACAACUGUUGGAAAGUGUUGCAGUCAAAAUGCAAGCAUCUACAAAAAUCCACUGGAUUGAAAAAGCAAAUCACAGCAUGGCAGUGAGAGGACGAACCGCAGAUGACAUUUUGUUGGAAAUAAAUAUGCAGGUUUUGUCUUGGAUCAAAGAAAUCACUGUUGCUCCAUGCAAAAUUAACAAGUAGAUAGCAGUAACUUACUCAUUGGUGAAGUCGUGCCCGAACACGAACAAAGCAUACGCGAAGAGUAAGCAUACCCACAGAUAGUGCAACUGGGGUAUGAUCCAGAAAAUGCUUGAGUGCACAUUACUCAAAAUGUUUGCAGAGCACCUUGAUGAAGUGAAAUGUACAUUAACAAUAACUUAUUUUGGCAAGCACUGUAGGAAUCCAUGUGAAGCCUUUGCAUUUGGUCCUAUAGAGGGAUAGCUCCAGACAGAAAACAUGCAUUGUAACUCUUGACUUCAAAACAAGUCUGUAAAAAGCAUGCCUUUGUCAUGGUCCUUGAAAGGACUCAUAAUACUUUUUAUUCAGGUUUUAAAAACUGAAUUGCUGGUCUUUUAGUCAGGCUUCAGUGCCAUUUGGUAACGGGAAGCCCAGUGCAGUUCAUCCCCAGUUCACAUGAAAGGGACUCUUAUUGAACAGCUGUUACAAACAAGAAAUGUGAAAAAGAAUACUGAAUUAAACAAGCUUAUUAUAAACCCUGCUAACCAGCGUGCUUGCAAAGAGCUGGCACAGUUUUAUCAAAUGGCAGCCAGUUACAGUUAUGUCUUUA